AUGUCCCUAGGUGACGACGACAACCACGACGCCAAUGUUUUACCAUUUGCCGAUUGUGAAAUUGCUACUGAUGUUUAUUUAGAUCGUGCGAUCUCUCAAAUAUCAAAACGUCAUAAUAACAAAAAGACACAUAAGAAGUCAAACAAACGACAAUCCAACGAUACUAACAAUGAACGGGAUACCAAUUUACAAAAUACAGUGUCCUGUAUCUAUUUUGAAAGUACAGAAGAAGAAAAUAAUUUUCUUAAAUUUAUUCCAUAUACAGGACCCAGUAAUACAUUACAUCUUGGAAGACUUCUUUAUCUCCCACAAUUAAUAUCACAUAUUAGUAAUGAUUUAAAGAUUAGUUUUCAACGUUUUAUUCAAGAUUAUGAUCGAACAAUAGCAUCUAUAACACCAUCGUUGGAGACCCUGUCUCUUUCCAUCUAUUUACGUUUUGGAAUUUCUUACAUAGCGAAACUAGAUGUCAUGCCUGAUGAACCAAUAUCACUUAGAGAUUUCACUAUUUUUCGAAAUCGAGGUAAAAAACUUAAAACAUCAUUCUAUACUUGUAAAGGUGUUACUUCACCAAAACGUCUUAUAACAACAAUUACUAAACUUAAUUAUCAUCAAAUAUCAUCAAAUACAUAUUCAUAUGAAAUUCAACUAUAUGCAAUUAAAAAUAAUCUAAAUACUAUUCUUCAUUUUCAAUAUGAUGAACUAUUUCAUUGUCGUUCAGUAUAUUCUCGAUUAGAUCAUCCAAUUAAUUUUGAUUUUAUUCGUGAUAAAACAUCAAGUUUAUUUCGUUCAAUAGAUGAUUCAUAUUCGGAUAUAUUUGAUUUUCGUAUUCAAUUAUCACGAGGAAAACAUUUAUCAAAAACUGAUACCAUUGUUUUAGAUGUGUUACGUGGUGUACCUAUUGAUCAGGUUUUAUUUCUUGAUACAUCAACACAUAUUUUACGUGUUUCAUCAAAAUUACAAAAAUUUGUUAAAUACUUAAAAUGUACACGUUCAAGUAGUUAUCAAAAUGUUGAUGAUCAAUUUGUUAUAAAUAUUGGUACAUAUGAAGAAUUUCAAUUAAAUAGUCGAGGUCAAUGUGAACCAUUAAUGAAAUCAUCAAAUACCAUGACUAUUGAACUACUGGAUGUCAAAACUAUACCAUCAGGAAAAAAACUUUAUGAUACGGGAAUGUGGUUUUCAACAUUGUGUCAAACAUGUAGUUAG